AGUGUGCCUUCCAGCACCUGCCGGCUGCAGGGAGGGGUCUUCUCAGCGCUGAGUCCGCACGUCUUCGUCCGUCCUUACCGGCCUUACCUGCUCCAGGUCGGGGAAAGCAACCUCCCGCCGCGACCCCGCCUCUGAGGCCCGGGCCAGAGGCUAGAGGCGGCCCGGCCGGCACCCGCCCGGCCCUCGCCCCCCGCGCCCGCGGAGCCCGCCGCCCGGCGGGACGAUGCUGGAGUCCAUUCGCGUGACGGAAAAGCUUCACUGGCCUGAGCAAGAACUUGCUAAGAAGUCUGUUCUAAAUGCAGAAGAGUCAUUGAUCAUUGAUAGCAAAAGAAGCAUUUCACAGUUAUCUCCUGGAAUCCUAAAGGACAUUUUCACAACUGGAACCAGUAGUUAUAAUGUCCUACUACAGAGCAAAGAGGAGAGAAAGCAUCAUUCACAAAAACAAUCUUCCUCCACCUACUCCAAAAGAUGUAGAAAACCCAACAAAUCUCCUAGCUCUUCUCGUAGUAAAGAUCUUCGCAAGAUGAAAGCCCCAGCGCCUGAGAUGAGCAGUGGUACUUGGUACUGCCUAGAACGGCAGCCUGCACUUUUUCUCACUAGUUCAGUGUUGGGUCCUGUGAAGUUUACACAUGAUAUCUCUGUUACAGGGAACAGCAUCGUACUGCCACCUAAACUCAAAAACAAGGUCAAGCGAUGCCAUUUCUCCACUCUUCCAAAGCCAAAGCUGCAGCCUCAGCCUCAGUUGUCUAGAAGUUUUGAAAAAGGAGAUGACUUUUCUGGAAAGAAAUUUUGUAUACUGACUGCUAUAAAGCCCACAAACUUGGAGAAAGAAAAACUGAGAUUCUUCAAGUCUGACUAUACCUACAAUCCUCAGUUUGAAUAUGCUAAUCCUUCUCUGCCAAGUGUAUUAGCCAAGCACAGCAAUGCAUCUGACCGAUUUCUUAAGCAGGGAUCUUGCUCUACAGGAGAGAGAUGGACUCGACCUCUCAAGUUUCCUUUGCACACUGUGUCCAUCAAUAUUAUGGAACUGACUCUACAGAAAUAUGGAAGUUAUGAAAAAUUUGAACAGGCCACUGGUGGUAGCCUGCUAUCUAAAACUCGAAUCUGGAGUCAUGUUAGGAAGUACAUGAUGAAAGAAGGCUGCAUGGGUGAGAUUGUAGUUCAUCUCACUGAGGACCUGCUUUCCCGAGCUUCAAUGACAGUGGUAAAUGGGUGUCCCACGCUGACCAUCAAUGUUUCCACUGCACGGGAGCACUGGCUGGAGGGAAUGCUGAGGCAUGAAAUAGGCACACAUUAUUUUCGAGGUAUUAACAACCUUCAGCAGCCGUGGAAUAGUUGGACUGGUCGUAAAAAACAUGAGCUAAAGCCAAACAAUCCCACAGAGGAAGGACUGGCAAGUAUUCACAGUGUUCUGUUUAGAAAAGACCCCUUUUUAUGGAGGGCUGCCCUCCUCUACUACACUGUUUAUCGAGCCAGCCAAAUGUCUUUUUGCGAACUCUUUAAAGAUAUUGGAAAGUUUGUCAAGGACCCCAAUACAAGAUGGGAUUAUUGUGUACGAGCCAAGAGAGGAUGGACUGAUACUUCCCAACCAGGGUGUUUCAGUAAAGACCAGGUGUACUUGGAUGGCAUCCUGCAGAUCCUCCGAUACAGAGAGACCAUUGACUUUCAUCUACUGACUGCCCUGGGGAAGGUCUCUUAUGAAGAUGUGGAUCGCUUAAAAGGAUUGGCAGUAACUGAAAACAUGAGGGUCCCUCACUUUCUGCAGGACCAUGGCCGAUAUAUGGAACACUUAGAGAAAAUCAUGGAAGUGAAUGAACUGACCGACAGGGAACUGAAAGAUCUUAUAUAUUAACUAGCAUUCUUGCAAACACAGCUAUGCUAUACCUCUUGUAUAUUACCAAUUAGGUGCAUUUAGCACCAGCAGAUUUAUAAAAGGAGAAUGGCUUUUUACAUAAGUUUUCUGAACAAUGAUCUGCAGUAUUCAGCUGAAUUUUUAGGUUAAGUACAAACCUUAAACUGUUUCCCUAAAAUGUUUCUAUAGCCUGCAAGGGAAAGUUACUUCUAUUUUCAUGUGAAUCUCAACAGAGUCAGAUGAAAAUACUACUGAUGAGUGUUUUUGAAGAAUCUUGGUCAAGUUGAGUGAUAAACUUCUGCCUGAGCAGUAAGCACUGAUCUUAGUGCUUCUGCCUGAGCCCUGAGACCAGCUCUCACCAAGAGAUUCAAUUCCAGUGUUGUUCAAACUCCAAAGUUAUAUUUUCUUUUAUAAAUAAUGGUAAUUAUUCUCCUUUGAAAAAUCAGUUUUUUAUGCCCUCAAUAAGCUAGCUAUAUCUAAGAUUUCUUAUUUCUCUUAUAUGUUAAGUAAUGUUAAAGGGAGGAGAAAAGCAAUUUGAAAAGUUUUCAUUAGUUCUUUAUUUUACACAUUAUUGUUUCACCUUAUCAAGUCUUGGGAACUAAAUUAGAGAAUUACCUCAUUUUGUCCAGUUAUUCCUUAACUAAACUCUGUUUUCAUUUGCUGAAAUAUAUUGUACCCUUUCAAAAUUUUAACCAAGUUUUAGGGUCUUUUCCUCUCUAUUCCUUUAUGUAAAUGGUAAGUACAAGUUUCAGAGAGGUUUGCCUACAUAAAUUAAAAUAUUUGGGGAAGAGAGAAGCUACUCACCUUUUUAUUAAAUGGAGCAAUGAUCAGGGGACAAAUAGACUGAUCUAGUUCAUGUAGGAGCUGGAUGUUGACUGGGUAGCAUCUACAAUAAACUUGACCAUGCUCUGAAAACUGGGCAUUGCCAUUUGAUAAACUGGCCUUGUGAUAUUGGCUCAGUGUAUUUUAUCAAAAUCUUUGACUUCAUCAACCCAAUAAUGACAUAGUUUGAUUUCAAAAAUGAGAGUUCUUUUUUGCUACAUUUCUCCUGCAAAAAGCUUCUUCACCUAGCUUUGUAAUUUAUCAAUUUCCAUAUAUACUUGGAUAUAUAUACUAGGGAUCAAAUAGUUUUUCAAACAACUUAUUUUAAUGAUCAGAAAGAAUACUGCUGUAAAUACCCCAUUCAAAAUCGCUACUGUAAUUUCUACCCAAAGCUAUCUGAGAGUUUAUCUUGACCUUGAUUCAGGCUUAAAUAUGGUGCUAACAGUGGUACAUGUAUACUGCAAAGCCUGGUCCACGUUCAUGCUAGGAAAUGAUUUUAGGAAGUCUUUUGCAGGCUAGCUUACGUGAUUUUUCUCUUUCACACAUCUAGAAGAGCUUGCCUCAAAGAAGAAUGUUGCAGCAAACAAGAUAUACUCUAACUGGCACCUGGCAGUUAUUGCAGAGCCAUGCAUCUUGCCUUUGGCAGUCGCGGACCAGGCCCUUUGGAGCAUUGAAGGCAUCCACACGUGUGCCAUGCUGGCUGGAGUGUGGCCUGCACAUCUCUGUGCAGGGCUGGGGGCGUAGUGCUCCAACACUAACCAGAUACCAGAAACCACUCUUGACCCCUCAAGCAUUAUUUCCUUAUAGCAGAGUCAUCCAGUUUCAGCUUUGUGUAGUGUUUUCUGACUUCAUCUUCAAACUUAUCAAAAGUGAUUGUGAAAACAGUGUCUUAUUAACCAAAAUUGAAGUAUAGACAGAAAUGGCAGUAUUUAUGUCCUGUGAUUUAAGCCCAAAUGCCUGUAAAUUCAUUUGUAGACAAUAACACUGCUGAUCUUACGUUAUGGUUUAAAUAUGAAGGAAAAUCACAGCAGCCUUAAUUUCCUAUCGGUAGGAUUAUUUGCAGUGGUUCUCGUCCCUGAAUUUUAAAAUGGAUAGAUAUUCUCUCUUUAUCUGAUUUGGAAAAGGAAAAACUUCUUGUCUUACUGCUUUGGUGUAAAGACAAAAAACAUGAGCACUAUCAUUAAGUCACAUGGAUUAUCUUAAUAUAUUGUAAAAGUUGACAAUGAACCAAAAAUAGUUUCAGACUAGCAGAAAUACUUAAAGAGCACUAAGCUUUAACUGUUGGGAUUGAAGAUUUAAUUAAGGUUUAUUCUGUUUCCUGAAAUAGCAUUAAGGUCAGUUUGGUCCCCUAAAAUAAAAGUUUUAAUAAAUAAAAAAUUAUAGCAGCAGUACUUAGGAGAAUAGUUAAAGAUCGUAUUAAUUUUAAUUAUAAUAGUUAUUUGCUAUAGGCUAUUGAUGAUUAGGAUUUCAUCAGUUUUCCCACUGUAAUUCUAACAUAUAGUUAUAUCAAUUACAAAUUCUGAUAAACUGUUAGGUUUUCGCACCAGAUGGGAUUCAAAGUAAAAUUGUUUGCAAACAUAAAUCCAUAGUCUUCAUUACUUUAUAUUUUCACCUUUGUAAGAGUGUUUAAAAUUUGUAUUGUUUGUUUUGUAUAUCUUUGGGCAUUUUGUGUCUAGCUAUAAUAGAAAUAAAUAGCACUGAGGUUCUCAAAUCAAGUAUGUGGAUAUAUAUGCAUGCAAACUUCUGUUUUUUGAAAAUCUAAUCAUAUUUUUAUUGUUGUAUUUCUGACUUUUUAUUGUGUGGCAGUUAUUGAAAGGAAC